CAUUCGGUUAGAUUAAAUGACAGGCCAUAACGUUAUAUUAAAAAGAUUGAAUCAGCGUAGCCAUAAGGAGGCCAUAAGGCUUUUGACCAAUCAGAGAUUCCGAUAGCAUUCUUACGGUUUGUUCAAAGGCCGACGAUCACAACUCGUUACUUGUUGUGACACGUCACUGAGUGACAAUCAGCUCGCAAGAGAACGAACAGACACGUCAUAUGCGAUGUUUGCGAAAUUUAUACGCUCAAAUUUGUAGCAAUCGAAACAGUGUUUUGUUUCAGAAAAAUGAGGAGAACGUACCCGACAACUGAUCGAAGAUAGUCCUAAGAACAUUUCAAAAUUGCUUCAAAAAUGAGGCGGUCGCAUUCGGGGGGGUAUGCCUACGGGCCGCUGCCAAGCACCUCUCACGAUGCUCUGGAGGAAGAGAACGAACGAAUAGCCGACGAGCUAAAGGAUAAAAUAAGUCUCCUGAAGGCAGUGUCCAUCGAUAUCGGUACCGAGGUUAAAUACCAGGAAAAAAUGUUGAACGGAAUGGACGAAGAUUUUGAGAGGACGAGUGGCUCCCUGACUUCUUCUGUGGCUAGAGUAUUGCGUAUGUCCCGGGCAGGACAUAAUUAUUACAUAAUUUACCUUUUCCUUUUUUCAAUUGCUGUAUUUAUUGUGUUAUGGCUUGUUCUUAAAUUUAAAUAAUUACCAUAAGGCAUAGGAACACACUCCAACUUUUUUGCGCAUACUUCCUCAGGGCU